UCUUCCGCUGGGAAACAAGCCUACACACACCCACCCGAUCCUCUCUCUUCCCUUCAGAAGAAAGAACCAAAAAAGUUGGGCCGUGCAAGGAAGGAUCGGAGCCGCCGCGGGAUGGGGCUGCCGCUGCCGCGUCGCUGCUGCAACUGCGGGGAUCCGGUGACCAUGCCCUACCUCGGCGGCCACGGAAGGGCGGCGGCGGCGGCGGAGGGCGGAGAGCAGCGCCCUCCCUGGGUCUCUCAUCUCGCCGCCGCGGACUUCUCCAAGCCGUGCUCCAGGGACCGCGUCUGCGACACGUGCGGCGGCGCCGCCUUCUGCGGCCACUGCUGCGAGGAGCACCACCGCGGCCACGUCACCUCCCCCGCCCCCACCGACGACGACGCCACCGACCACCGGAGGGAUUCCUUCUGCAUCGGCUGCCGCGUCGCGUUCUGCUCCGAGCUGUGCGCGCACCACGGACUGGGCCACGAGGUUAUCCUCGUCGACGAGUACGAAGGAUGGCACUGCGCGCGAUGCACCGGGUCGGAGCGGUGGUUCGCCGUCUUCGCGGGCAUCCAGACCUUCCGGGACAACGAGGGCAAUCUGCUGGUGCCGCUGCACCGGAAGCCGGCUGCAGCUGCAAAGCCGGUCGAGGACGGACCGUGGCCUCCUCCGUGGAUGUUCGAGCUCGUCACCACCGACUUCGCCAAGACGUGCGCCCGGGACCGGGUCUGCAACACCUGCGUGGGCGCCGCCUUCUGUGGGCAUUGCUGCGGGGAACACCACCCAGGCCACGACACCGCCGCCUACAUCCCGGAGGAGGACGGCUUGGAGGCUACCGUGGUGCACCGGAGAGACUCGUUCUGCACGGGCUGCCGCGUGGUCUUCUGCUCCGACCUGUGCGCGCACCACACAAGCGGCGAGGGCCACGAGGUCAUCCCCAUCGACGAGUUCAUCGAGUGGCACUGCGUGCGAUGCACCGGCUCCGAGUGGUGGUUCCCCGCAUUGCACUGCUUGCUCAGGCUGGCUUUCGUGGACGAGCAUGGCAACCUGUUCGUACCUUUCCAGUGGAACGGGGAGGUUGAGGACGGCGAGGAGUUGCCUUGGUGGAUGACUCACCUCGGGACCGCAGACUUCUCCAAGACGUGCACCAGGGAUCGCGUCUGCAACACCUGUGGCGGCGCCGCCUUCUGCGAGCACUGCUGCGGGGAGCACCACCGAGGCCACGACACCAGCGCAGCCGCCACGGACGAGACGGAGGGUUCGGUGGCACCCGCGGGGUACCGGAGGGACUCGUUCUGCAUCGGCUGCGGCCUCGCCUUCUGCUCCGAGCUGUGUGCGCACCACGCGGGUGGCGACGGCCACGAGAUCAUCCCCGUCGACGUCUACGGCGACCGGCACUUCCUGCGAUGCACCGGGUCAGAGCCGUGGUUAGCCUCCGCCUUCGGCGACAUCGAGACUUACGAAGACAAGGACGGCAACCUGAUGGUGCCCGGGGAACGAAAGCGGUCCAUGAUCCCGGAGCCGGGCCUGAGGUACGCCACUCGCCACUGCGGCGGAACCACCGUGCCGCCGGCCGCUGCGAACCCGUUCGUCUUCUAGGAGAUCGAUGGAUGGGGGUGAGGCCGUGAGGGUCGUUAGCUAGUGAAGGAGUGGUGAUUGCCUGGCUAUUACAUCUAUGAUCUGGAAUAUCGCGUGGCGUCCUGGCGUUGGAUUUGAACCACCAUGAUCGAGGAACUUCGGAACUGUUCGAAAGUGUCGUCGGUUGGAUAGAUUCCGUGUCUAUAUUGAAAUGCCUGGAUCUUGAGAUCGUCAAGCCAUUUUUACAUGUGUUUUGGUUAAGCAUGCGAAAGAAUGUCGAACCAUCUAAGACGGAUUUCCUGUUGAACAAUACAUUGCGAAUGACUUCCACGUCGAGCUGUGUGUUGUUCGCAGCUUUUUUCUUGUAUUCGAGCUUUUGAUAGAGUUUUAUCUAAUUGGUUUGUGCAUCCAUGCAUGUGAUGGUAUUCGGUUGUUGAGGGGCUUCAGUAGGAGAUUUGGGGCAUGUAAUGCUGAUUUUGGUUUACUAGUAAAUGUGCAAAAUAUUUAGGUAAUA